GCGAACCCUGCUCGCCCAUUGCGAAUGACGACGCCCCAGUGCUAUGAACUCCCCAGUGUUGUACCACCUCCCUCCAUCAAGCCUUGCAAUCCAUCAAUUCAUCACCUGCACCAAGUUGAUUGCUAAAACUAGUUCAAGGCUAGUUCUUCACACCUUUUUCGGCGUGCAAAGUCUAACUAGAACAAAAUCCGGAUCCAUAGCAACCUACGAGUUAGUCGUGAAAGUUUGAGUUCGCCCAAUCGAGACCGUUUCGUCUAUUUCGAGAGCUUCAACAGCUUCCGAUUCAUUCAUACUUUAAAGAAUCGCGCGGGCAACUGUCAUCUUCGCCGUCGAACCGUACUACUGGGGCGGCGCACCAACAAUUAAUCAAGCAACGCCAAACGCCUAUCAAACUCACGCACGUCAUCUUCACUUGAAAAGACCCCUCCAGCAGACCGACGUUCGAUACGAGCGAUACAGCUUUAAUAAUCAAACCCACAACUCACAGCCGCGAUGGACUUCGCACCAUACCAGUCCUCCCCUCCGGAGCAUGCCCGAUCGCCGAUAGACUCGCCCCGCACAUCCCUGGAGCGCAGGCCAUGGUCGCCAGCGCGCGGCGGCAACUACUACAACAACAACAACGCCGCCGCCGCAAGCACGACCUCACCACCACCUCUGCAACACCCGCAGCCGCAGCGACAGUGGUCGGGCGGCAUCCCGAGCCCGAGCUACUACCAACAGCAGGGUCUGGGGUCCGCCGCCGGAGGAGAUGGCUACUUUGCCGGGCGGAGUGGCGGACCCUGGGGCGACAGGGACGGCACGCUGAGCGAGUUCGACACGAGCCUCGGCAUCAGGCUCGACUACGAGGCAUGCCUUGCGUACCUAUUCUGCCCGCCCUUGGGGGCAAUAGUGUUGCUCAUCAUGGAGCGGAAGAGCGAUUAUGUCAGGUUCCAUGCGUGGCAGUCAAGCUUGCUUUUCACCGCCAUUUUCGUCAUUCACUUGAUCUUUUCUUGGUCGAAGUUCCUCAGCUGGCUCUUCUUCAUUGGAGAUCUUGUUCUGAUAGGAUUCCUGACUUUGAAGGCGUAUCGUGAUGCCGACACCCUCGACAGGUACGAGGUUCCAAUAGUCGGUCCUCUGGCAAGCAGGAUCUUGGACGACGAGUAAUUACGCUACUAGGCUGCCGUGUGCAAGUACUAGCUAGACCCAGUCUAGCUUUGCAUGCGGCUUGUUUGUUCGGCUUUUUUGGGCUGUUAUACCAGCCGAAUCAUGGAUAUUUUAGAAUGUUGUGUAUACCUGACCUGCCUUCUUUCUGACAUAUAUAAGUCUUUGUUGCUGUAUGUUCUCUGUUAUUUUCUCUUUAUCGUCUUUAAUAAGGUCAACAAUAUUGCUCUUUCUAGAGUCACACCCGGUCUUGGUGGAUUACGCGAUGUUUACAAUACUUGCGAUGAACGUAUGGAAGGCGGUUUGUCAUGGUAUAGGGUGCAUAAUCAGGGUGUACAGUAUGUCACUUAUGUUCACAGAUUACCCUUCGAACCCAAAAUUUUGCAUCAGCUGAGGGCUGGGAUCUGGCUUUCAACAUGUGGACUUGUGCAUAAUGGCAAAUAGCGCACCAGAAAAGACAAG